AUGACUCACGAAACACUCAAGUCGUUGCUCGGUCACGCCUACGAUGUCAUGAAAGUCGAUGCUGCCGCUCUUCGUAAUGAACCUUGGGAAGAAACUUGCUCACUGCUGGUAAUUCCGGGAGGACGAGAUAAACCUUAUUGCGACGAAUUGAACGGCCCCACCAACCGGCGCAUCCGUCGAUAUGUUGAAGGCGGUGGUUGCUAUGUCGGCUUUUGUGCGGGAGGAUACUACGGUUCUCAUGGCAUUGAAUUCGAAAAGGGAGUGCCUGGAAUGGCCAUUGUCGAACCACGUGAACUGGGAUUCUUUCCUGGUACCUGCAAAGGUACCAUGUUCCCUGGGUUUGUGUACAACAGCGAAAGGGGCGCUCGUUCCGUCGCUGUCAAAAUGAAUCAAACGUUUCUUCAACCAUUGUAUGGAUCCGCUCAGGCCACCGUCCCAGAGAGACUGGCAGUCUAUCAUAAUGGCGGCGGUUAUUUUGAACACGCCGACCAAUAUCCAAACGUCGACGUUUUAUGCACGUAUGAGGACGCCGGUCUCGCCAAAGGAGUUGAAGAAAAUCCAGCUGCCGCCAUUUACUGCCGCGUGGGGGAGGGCCAUGCCGUACUGAUGGGCAUUCAUCCCGAAUACAAUGUCACCGAGGCCGAUCUAGCUGAUAACAGUAAUGGCAAGGCGAUCGUCUCGGAGCUCAUAACGUCCGCCGCCGCACGAAAGGAUUUCCUUGGUGCUAUUUUCAGAAAAAUCGGGCUCAACGUCCCCUCGUCCGUCUCUCAUAAAGAUUCCUCCACCGCCUCGGUCGAACUCGAGUUGACGCCGAUUUACCUCGCGGGGAAUACAGCGGACGUUGUUCGAGCCAUUGCUUCCAAUGUGGGACAACAAGCCGAUGCCGCCACUCGCCUUUUGAAAGAUGCCCAUGAUACUUUCUAUUGUGGGCCUUUGGACCAAAGCCAGGAUUUAUCUCAGAAACUUGAAUCGUUAUCGGUAAACGACCCAUCCACUGUCACGCAAAUUCUUUAUCCUUCGACGACAACCGCACCUUCGCAGGACCCCUUGUGCCCACCAAAGACGCUGACACGCUAUUUUGAUACGUCAAAGUACUUUGAGGCCCUGAGACAUUGGCGAGCGCAGCAAUGGGGCGGUGGAACCUGGUAUCGAUUUGGUAAUGCUAUGCUGUAUGGCGAAGUGGUAACCAGUACACAGACUCUUCUGGACAAAAACUAUACUUUCUCCCAAGCAUUACCUUCUGGGUUAGUCUGCACAGCGACGCAUCAGGUGGCAGGUCGAGGUCGAGGACGAAAUUCAUGGGUGUCACAAAGAGGAGCUGUGCAAUUCAGUUUGAUUGUGAGACACAGUCUUAGUCUUACGCAUGCGCCGGUGGUGUUUAUCCAGUACAUGAUUUCAUUGGCUGUCAUUGAAAGCAUUCGGUCACGAAAGGGUUAUGAAGAUGUACCACUGAGACUCAAGUGGCCCAACGAUAUUUAUGCGGAUUUGCCGGCGGACAAGGGAGGUUUGAAAAAGGUCGGUGGUCUCUUGGUCAAUUCCAGCUUUUCUGGUCAAGAGUUUUUGUUGGUCAUUGGAUGUGGUAUCAAUCUCUCUAAUGCUCAACCCACGGUUUCAAUUAAUGACGUGAUCAAAUCGCAUAACCCAAGAUUGGCCAAAUUGGAAGCGGAAGAUGUGUUGGCAGGCGUGAUUGUUACUUUUGAAAAUUACUAUCUCGAAUUUUGUGAAAAAGGCAUGGGAUCAUGGUUCCUCGAUACCUACUAUCGACGUUGGCUUCACAGUGAUAAAUUGGUUACGCUGACAACGCAUGACAAUGUGCGCGCGAGAAUCGUCGGCAUCACCAAGGACUGGGGAAUGCUUGAAGCCGUGGGUGUGGAUGACUCUCGUCAACGUUAUACCCUUCAGCCUGACGGCAACAGUUUCGACAUGCUCAAAGGGCUCAUUAUCAAGAAAACAUAG